UGCUUCUGGCUCUAGCAGCUUGUCGAAGCUUUGCUUCAGCUUGCUGUCUGACUGUUUGAAUCUUUGACUUCACGAUGGCACCGCUGUCCUUCCAAUCCGGAGUGAAAUACGCCAAAACGCUGCUGCCAGAGACUCUAAUGAGGUCCAUGUCCACAAUCCAGACCACCAUCUCUCGACACAUGCUGCCCCUAAAUCAGCCUCGCUGUUUCAGAGUGUGCACAUACAGCCGGAUGCGGCGGCGAAGUUUGACUGUGUCUUCUCUAGAUGAGCUCCUGGAGCAGGCAGCGAGGGUGUUCAUGAUGUCCUGCCAGUUCCUGACUCUGGUCCUGGAGGAGGACGGGACUGUGGUGGACUCAGAGGAGUUCUUCCAGUCACUGCCCAAUAGCACACUGCUGAUGGUGCUGGAGAAGGGGGAGAUGUGGACAGAGAGCAAGAUUAUUCCAUGCUUCCGUCAGCCAAAGAAGAGUGGGAUUGCCAAACUAACCUUGGAUCUCUACAAACUGCAGCCUAAAGACUUCCUGUGCUGCCUCGCCAUCAGGGCCACGCUGUAUGAGACGUACACGCUCUCGUACGACUUCAGAUUCACCAGGAUCAAACGCAUCCUCAACUCGCUGUUGUGCAACAUCACCUCUCUGACCAGACUAGCCGGACAACUGCUGCUCUGCACAUCCUCCUCACUACUGCAGUUCACUGGAAACGCUGGCCGCUAAAGCCAUAUCUCUUUUUGUUAAAGCAGCUGUUCAGGCGGAUAAACUACAAAGCUGGCUAACACCCUCAGGCUUUCUUUGCAUUACCUCCCUUGACAAAUCGUAGGGCCAAGACGCGGGGCAGCCCAAGUAGAGAAAUCUAGAUAUCCCUCUCUCCAGCCUCCAGUUUAUCUGGGGGGAGACGCUAAGGUGUUCCCAGGCUGGCCUGGGUCUGCCAGACCUCCAAGAAGGACAUGCCUGGAAAACCUCACUUAGGAGAGGCCCAGGAGGCAUCCUAGUGAGAUGCCCAAACCACCUCGAUUGGAUCCUUUCGUUGUGGUGAAGUAGCAGCUCUAGUCAGAGCCCCUCCUGAAUGACUGAACUCCUUUCCCUAUCUCUAAGGCCUGCUAUUAAAACAUAUUUUCCCAGCACAGAAUUUAAAAUGCACUUUAAACAUGUAAAUAAAAGAAUUUGUGAAAAUGUGGCCUUCGAGCUGAUUUUUAAACCAGUGCUCUGAACAUAACCUCCUCCCAACCAGGGUAUGUGUUCAUCAUCAGUUACCAUGGUGAAUUAGCUAGGUAAAAACAGAGACACUAUAAUGACACAGGAAACUCUGACUUAUAGCUCCAGAUAGCUCAAAAGACCAUUAAUCUGGCUUGUAGUACACUCCUCUGCUGAGGUGGGACUGACUGUAAUCAAUGUUCAGACCAUCAGUUUGUGUGUUUGAGACAAACUAGAGAAAACUCGUGUUUGAUUUUCUCUGCCUGAAUAACGAUUGUGUUUGAACUGUCUACAUAUGGAUCACUUAUGUGUGUUUCCAUAUAGCUGGGAACAUUUCUAGACUUUCUAUCAGGUCAGCAUUUUCCUUCAGAUCUGAUUUCAGCUGGAAAGAUUUUUGUAUUGAAUGGGGUUAAUUUGUUUUUGUAAAACAAAUAUCUGA